CUUUAGCUUUUUGUUUGUGGUUUGGUACUUCCUAAUUUAAAAUAAUUGUCUUGUUUGCUGUGUUCGCCCUUGCUCGUAACCCAAAGAACCCAGACCUUUAAAUUCUUAGACAAACGUUCGCUUUUGACACAUUCAUUGUUCUGACUGUCAAGAAAAACCCACGCUCAUACCACUACCAAGAAAUUCAAGAAAUAUGUUGUUUAAAUCACUUUUGAGCACUGCCAUUGCCGCUGCAGGGUUCAUUUCUUCAGCUUCUGCUGCUGAUCUUCCAGCUAUUGAAAUCUCCGGAAACAAGUUCUUCUACUCUAACAACGGUACUCAAUUCCUUAUUAAGGGUGUCGCUUAUCAACAAAACCCAACCAACCUUACUGCUGAUGAAUCCUUUGUUGAUCCACUUGCUGAUGGUGAAGCUUGUAAGAGAGAUGUCCCACUCUUAGCUGCUCUUGACACCAAUGUUAUUCGUGUUUACGCUCUUAACACUUCUCAAGAUCACACUACUUGUAUGAACCUUCUUCAAGAUGCUGGUAUUUAUGUUAUUGCUGAUCUUUCUGAACCAGAUCUUUCUAUCAACAGAGACUCUCCAGAAUGGAACUUGGAUCUUUAUGACCGUUACACUAGUGUCGUUGAUCUUUUCCACAACUACACCAACAUUCUUGGUUUCUUCGCUGGUAAUGAAGUUACCAACGACAAGACCAACACUGAUGCUUCUGCCUUUGUUAAGGCCGCUGUUAGAGACACCAAGGCUUACAUCAAGGCUAAGGGUUACCGUAGUAUUCCAGUUGGUUAUUCUGCUAACGAUGACACUGAUAUUAGAGUUGAUCUCGUUGACUACUUUGCUUGUGGUUCCGAAGAAGACAGAGCUGAUUUCUUUGGUAUUAACAUGUACGAAUGGUGUGGUUCUUCUUCUUACACUUUGUCCGGUUACUCCACCAUCAGUAAGCAAUACCAAAACGCUGGUAUUCCUCUUUUCUUCUCCGAAUACGGUUGUAACAAGGUUACCCCAAGACAAUUCCAAGAAGUUGGUACCAUCUACGGUCCUGACAUGCUUAACAUCUGGUCUGGUGGUAUUGUCUACAUGUACUUCCAAGAAGAAAAUGACUACGGUUUGGUUACUGUUGAUGGUAAGUCUGUUUCCACUUUAGCUGAUUACACCAACUUGAAGUCUCAAUUGGCCAAGAUUUCUCCAUCUUUGGCUACCUCCACUGCCUCCGUCAGUGCCUCUGUUACUUCCUGUCCAACUGGAGGUUCCGGCUGGGCUGCUUCUACCAACUUGCCACCUACCCCAGACCAAGAAAUCUGUGAUUGUAUGCAAAGCUCUUUGGACUGUAUUGUCAACUCUAAGAUUUCUAGUGACGAUUACCAAGACUUGUUUGCUUACGUUUGUGACCAAGUCUCUUGUGAAGGUAUUACCGGUAACGGUACCACUGGUGACUACGGUUCUUACUCUCCAUGUUCUAACAAGGCCAGAUUGGACUUCGUUUUGAACUUGUACUACAACGAAAACGGUGGUGGUGCCCUGAACUGUGACUUCAGUGGAUCUGCUACUCUUCAACAAGCUGCCACUGCUUCCUCUUGUAACGCCAUCUUGAAGUCUGCUGGUACUUCUGGUUUGGGAACUGUGUCUGGUCACGUUCAAACCACUGGUUCUGAUGCCACUACUACUGGCUCUUCCGGCUCCAAGUCUUCCAGUGGAUCUCAAUCCUCUGGUACUUCUUCUUCUUCCAAGAAGAACGCUGGUGUCCAACAAGCUGGUCUCAACUCCUUCACCAAGGUUAUGUGGGGUGCUAUCUCCAUGGUCCUUGGUGCCGGUUUUGUCUUUAUGUAAGUUAGAUAAAAUA